AUGGCGCUCGUGGUGAUGUGCGGGCAGCCGUGCAGCGGCAAGUCAGAGGCUGCAGCUUGUCUAGCUGCCGCUCUUCGCUCCUCCGUGCCUGACGUCACUGUCCGCGUCAUUGACGAGUCAUCGCUCCAUCUUGGACGGAAUGAAAGCUACAAAGAUAUGGUUGUGGAGAAAAACUUAAGAGGAGUUUUGAGAUCAGAAGUUGAUAGGUCUGUGUCACGGGAUGGCAUAAUCAUCGUGGAUUCUUUGAACAAUAUUAAGGGGUACCGAUAUGAGCUGUGGUGUCUUGCGCGUGCUUCGGGAAUAAGAUAUUGUGUGUUCUUUUGUGAUACAGAAGUGGACCAUUGUAGGGAUUGGAACGUCAAGCGUCAGGAGAAAGGAGAACCCUCAUAUGAUAACAAUAUAUUUGAAGAUCUGGCAAGGAGAUUUGAGAGGCCGGAUAGUCGUAGCCGCUGGGAUUCCCCUCUUUUUGAAUUGUUUCCAUCUAGAGAGGAAAUUGUGGAAUCUUCCCCUGUUAUUGCUGAGGCUGUAUCAUAUUUGACUAAGAAAGUGGAUUCGAAAACAAGAGAUGUGAAAGUUCUCCAGCCUACAAUAGCUACUCAGUCUGUACGGACUACUGAGGGCAAUUCGCUCUACGAGAUGGACAAAGCAACACAGGAGGUGGUCAGUGCAAUUGUGGAGGCACAGUCUGGUGGUCUUGGGCUUGCCAUGAACAAGAUUUCUCUUGGGCCUGACUUGCCAACUAUUAAUCUUCAAAGAUCGGUUGGCCUGCCCGAGCUACGGAGCCUCCGACGCACGUUCAUCAAGCUGGCAGGGCAGUACAGCUUGAGCGGGCGACCCCCACCAACAGAUGCCGACAGCGCGAAGAGGAUGUUUGUUGACUACUUGAACCGAGAAAUUGGUGGGUGA